AAGCGAAAUGUCUCAAAUGAAAAAAAACACAAAAAGAAAGUAAACCCAAAAGCCAGACUUGUUUGUCACACCAUUAAUUCUGGCCUUCAUUCUAUGGAGAAGGAUAGUCCACAAAAACAAAACAAAAGCAAUUUCUUAAUCUCUUCUCUUCUCGUACCUUCCUUCUUCCAGGCUCAAAGGGCAUGAAUCUUUAGACCCCUGCUUGAUUUUCCUCUGUUUCCUUUCUGUUUCUCGCAAUGCAUCACGCUUCUAGAUAUCUAAUGCCACCACCAAAAUGUUAUUGUAACAGAGGACCAAGGAAGCAUGAGAACUGUGAUCAAUUAUGUAAGCCCAAGCAUGAACUGCUGCCAGAUCCAGUACGAAAGAUAUUGCCACUGCCGCCACCUCCUAGCUCUACUAAUGCUCCUACUGAUCGUAAGGAAAGUAAUUUGAUGAUCACUGGCAUGACAAUCAUGGGAAGUAUGAUAAGUGCUGCUCUUCUUGUUGCUAUUUUUUGUGCAAUUGUUAGAUCUUAUUUUAACAGGAGAAAUCGUUCAAGGAGAAGAAGUUCACCUAUUAUUUUUGCUACUCGAGAUGAUUUUCUUGAAGAAGAACGAGGACCACAUUUAGACAACCCCAUAUGGCACAUCAACACUGUUGGUCUCCAACAGUCAGUUAUUGAUUCCAUCACAGUUUUUAAGUAUAAAAAACAUGAAGGGUUGAUUGAAGGAACUGAGUGUUCUGUUUGCUUGAAUGAGUUCCAAGAAGAUGAAAGUCUUAGGCUUUUGCCCAAGUGUAGCCAUGCUUUUCACCUUCCUUGUAUUGAUACUUGGUUAAGGUCACAUAAAAAUUGUCCAUUGUGUCGUGCCCCUGUUGUUUGUGAAACCAUGGUGGCUCAGGCGAGUGCAUCAGAGCCUAAUUCGAUGGGUUCAGGUUCAAGGAACGAAACCCUGGUUGAAAAUUCAGAGAAUUAUGGUGGUCUUGGGAGAAAUGAUGUUGCAGAAGGUGGAACAAGUGAAUUGAGAACUUGUCCAACUGAAGAUGUAAACGCUUCUGAAAAUUCGAAGAAAAGUUUGGUUCAUUCUAAAACUAGGUCUUCUGAUUCUGAUUCUCAUGUCUUAAGUGAUUUAGCCGGGGUUCAAGAUGAUGUUCAACCGAUGAGGAGGUCAGUUUCAUUGGAUUUAUCCUCUGCCUUGGAAAUUUAUAGCGAUGUAGCUGGUCUUCGGAUUGGAGCACAUAAACAUCAUGGAAGUUUGGACACUGAAUUACAACAGCUAAAGCAUCCGAAGGGGAAAAUUCUUGCUAAGCGAGGCAGUGAAAGUUCAAGCAUAUGCAAGCUGAUGAAAAGUUCUUCAAUUGGGCGUUCUUUAUCCAAGGGGCCUAUUUCAAUGAAAAGAUCUUUCUCAUCUGGUGGAAAAUUCUUAUUAUCCAAAAAAAUCAAAAUCCAAUACUGAUUUCUGCCUUUGUGAAUUCAAGGACAGUUAUACAUAAUAAAAUUAAGGCUGCACCAGAAUACAUGAAGAAUCCAGUUAUCUAUAAAGUCCUAGAAAGAAUAGUUUGUUUUUGUACAAAAAUUUUGAGUUUGAGUAAUAAAAUUAUCUGACAUAUGUAGUUUCAAGUUUCAA